UGCAGAUUCUUUUUGGCUUUCUCUACAUGUUGGAUCUAGCAAUUGUCGUGUUCAUCUACUUGAAGACUGAUGUGGUACCUUGGUGGGCCCUCUCCUUGCUUUCUCUGUCUAAAAGAGUUCACUCUAUCUUUGUUCUUCGAUUAUUUAAUGAUUGUUUUGCCACUACUCUCCUCCAUGCUGCAUUGGUCUCAAUUAUUUACCAAAAAUGGCAUCUAGGGUUGGUAAUUUUCAGAGGAGCUGUUUCUAUAAAGAUGAAUGUGCUCCUCUAUGCACCACCUCUGUUGCUGCUGAUGGUGAAGGCAAUGGAUAUUGUUGGAGUGAUGUCUGCCUUUGCAGGUGCUGCAUUAGUGCAGAUUCUCAUAGGGCUUCCUUUUAUCCUGUCGCAUCCAGCUUCAUAUAUAUCAAAAGCUUUCAAUCUUGGUCGUGUUUUCAUCCACUUCUGGUCUGUUAACUUCAAAUUUGUUCCUGAAGACAUCUUUGUUUCUAAAGCUUUUGCUCUCUCGUUGCUAGUUGCUCAUCUAAGUCUGCUAUUGGUUUUUGCUCACUACAGAUGGUGCAGGCAUGAAGGGGGACUGUUUGCUGUUGUGCAUUCUAAACUCAUUCAGUUGAAGCUUAGAGUUACUCAGAGUAAUCCUUCUCCAACCAACAAAGUCCUUCAAGCUGACCAUAUUGUGACAACAAUGUUUGUGGGGAAUUUCAUUGGCAUUAUAUGUGCCCGAUCCCUCCAUUACCAAUUUUACUCUUGGUACUUCUAUUGCUUACCAUAUUUAUUGUGGAAAACACCAUUUCCGACGCUCCUACGCUUACUGUUGUUCGCAGUUGUGGAAUUUUGCUGGAAUGUCUUUCCGUCCAACUCUUACUCAUCAGUCCUCCUCCUCUGUGCCCAUUUAAUCAUACUAGGUGGUCUAUGGAUAAGUUCACCAGAAUAUCCAUAUGUAGAAAAAACAACUGAUAAAUCCACAUCUAAGAAGAAAGUGAAUCAAAGUCUUUGUCUACAAUAUAUCUUUACCAUGUCGGAGGAGGAAGUUGUUGACCCAAAGGCUACAAUGGAAGUAACUUGCAAGCCUAAGUGUGUCAGACAACUAAAGGAGUAUCAGGCAUGUAGUAGAAGGAUAGAAGGCGAUGAAUCAGGUAGCAAGCAUUGCACUGGACAGUAUUUUGAUUAUUGGCAAUGCAUUGACAAAUGUGUUGCCCCGAAGCUGUUUGAGAAACUCAAGUAACAAGGAUAUAAUUUAAUCCAUUGCGAUUUUAUCUUGUUUUUUCAUUGUUGCAUUUCUUAAAUCAACUUGGUUGCCGCAUGGAAAAUUUUGUACUGUGCACAUCUUAAAAAGUGAUUAAUAAAGGACACUUGCGGGUUAAA